ACUGUGAAUGUGUGUUAGCUAAACAUCGUUACCGUUGCUACUGCAUGGUAAUUUUCGAUACGAAAAACGAGAGAAAACUCACUCUGACCGCACUACUGUACUGUGAUGACUAUCUAAAAAAGAAACCGCAUGAUAUACUAUGCGCUCUUUCGCUUGUUUAUCCAAUGAGUUCAGUGUUGUGUGUAAAUAACUCGCUAACGGGUGACAGAAAGAAAGAAAAAACUCUAGUCUACUGUAGUUUAACCAAAAUAAAAAAAAAUUCGCUGUCAUUUUCAAUUUUUCCUCACUCUAUCUUCAUCUCAUUCUUGGUGUGCGUGUGUUUCAGUGUGUUUUCUAUGGCAGAUAGAAGAAAAUUUGCCAUGAAUUUAUAUGUAAAUUAAAUUUGCGUCUGUCUCUCGUUUGAGAAUAAAAAGAGUUUUUUUUCACUCUUUUGCUCCACACAGUGAGAGUCAUAUGGUUGCUCACAUCACUGCUUUUUCUUUCGUUUUUUUUUCUUCAUUCUCUACUUGUCUCUCUUAUAUCUUCGCUUCAUUAGUUCAAUAUAUAGUUUUUGUGCAUGCGUUUCACAAUCUGGUUGAAAUUCAAUGAAAACGAGAAAAUAAGUGAAAAAAAAACUUGAUUCAUCAUCAUCAUCAUCGUGUGAGUGAUAUCAUAAAAUUUGAUAAUGUUGAUGACGAACCACACCGUAUAAUUCUAUUGUAAAUUUCUUCGAUUCGAUAAAAAGAAACAAGCUAGUUGUGUGCGAUGCGUCGUUGUUCAAGCGCGGAUUAGUUAUUAUUUUCAAUUGGUUGCUAUUUUCUUCAUUCAACCAUUCAACAUACAUACACGCAUGCAUACCGCCAAGAAAUGAGAACAAACAAAUAUUUUCCGAGUGUAAAAUGAAAAAUGAGCGCUGUAAUUUGUGUGCUUCGUCUAUCGAUAGAUACAAAGUUAUGAUUUAGUUUGCAUAUGGAACAAAGUGAGUUAGUAAGAAAGAAACACAAAGAACGAAAAAAAAAACACGAACACACAAACACAAAACUCCCAACGAAGAAGCAUUAGCAAAAUAAUAACAAUCAUAAAAGUGGAUAAUUAUUGAGAAUCCAAAACGAUAAAUAGCACGGUUCAGAGCCUUUGCAAGUUUCUAUUGGGUUUGGUGCUUUUUUGUUGCUUUAAAUGUGCAUUAGUCGACGAGCGCCGUGAGAUUUUGGCAAAUAUUGUGUCGAGUUUCAAUUUCUGUUUUGUCUUGUCAUCGUACUAGACUAGAUUCAAAAGGUGGUGUUGUUAUGUACCGAAGAAUAUAAGUGGCAGAUUUGCUCUCAAUAGUCAGAGAAGAAGAAGACAAAGAGACAAAAAAAUCGGAUUGUCAUGUCAUGAUUUGGAUUAUUUUCGAUAUCACAGCUUCAUUCUCGUGUGCCGCCACCGCAACAAUUCACUGUUGCCGAAACAAAAGAUUUGGCUGGAUAUAAUUUACAUGAAAUAGAUGCGCAAUUUUUAAUGAGCACCAAUAAGACUAAGGCAAACCAUUGAAUUUUAUAUAUGCUGGAUGUUUAUGAAUCUUUGUUCGCAGUUGUGUAUCGACAUCGGUAGUGAUAUGUUCAUUUAUUUGUUCGCUUGCACAAUUGGGAAGUGAGUUCAGAGUGGCACUGAAGAAACGGCAACAACAACAACAAAACGUGUAUAAUACAUAAUGGACGCGUAGAUUGAAAGCAGUGCAAUCACUUAACUCGUUCUACUUAUUGAUGUCAACGUAAAAACAAGAAAAUACGAGUAUAUAUACACAUCGGAGAAAAAUAAAUGCAGAAAUCCAAGCGAAUAUUCCAAAUUAGUGCACAGUUUGUGUCGUAUCGACGAUGCGAUUAAAUUCCAACAGUAAAAUUGAGUUGCAAGUCAAUGGAAAUAUCGAUUAGAUUUUGUAAAUUUCUCUUUGAUUUUUAUCUUCAAUAAUGAACGGCGCUUAUAUUCGCUCUGUGUGCUCAACCUUCGUUAGCUCGUCAAAUAUUUAGUGCCACAAAGGUGGAGAGAGGGAAAGACACACACGGACAGGGAAAAAAAAAGAAUAAACAACAACACAGAGAGCAUAAUUGUAUUCAGUGCAUUGAGAGUGGCAGCAACAGCGAUAGCAGCAACCGAUUCAGCAGAUAUGCUACAUUGGCAUUUUCAUGUGUAAACAGAGACAGAGCCCAGUUCCCGUUUCUUUUCCGCAUGACUUUUGAUCAAGUAAAGUGAACAAAAACCCAAGGCAGCAGCAGCAGAAAAAAAUAAAUAAAUAAAUUGCGAGUUAUUCUCGCAUAAUAGCGCAACGGGAGAAACGAGAAACGAGAACACGUACAAUGUGUAGACUGUAUGUACCAUUGAAUGGAUGGAAUUUUUACCCAAGCUAUAUACACUUAACAGCUUCAUCGUGAAUGCAUAAGCACAAUUCAAUUAUUUUUAUUUGUCAAUCGACGUGCGAUAGGCACACAGAGUACACAAACAAAUCAAACCAUCUUUAAUUUAAUUAAAAUUACAUCUACGAACAACAACUGGAAAUAGAAAAGAGGUGGACAAAGAAGAGAACAACGCGGAACAACUACGUAUACCCUUUCGUCGUAAUAUUAAGGAAGACUUGUGUGUGUUUAUGUGUUUAAAGAGGUGAAUAUUGUGUACGUCAUUAUCAUCGCAUUGAAAAUGAUUGACCAAAAGUUACAGUCGCUGCCCAAGGAUGAACCGGCCCAAAUGGUCGAUUCAACGAUGACGAUGAGUUCAAGUUUUACCCAUUUAUCGCUGGACACCGACGAAUUUUCGGUGAGCGGUGAAGAUGAAGCGGGUAACAACACAAAUCAAUCGACAACGGCGAAGGCGACGACGACAACGGCAGCAACACAUUCGUUUGCCAUGUAUGACGCUCUCGUUGACAUUUGCCUAAACAACGUAAAAUACUUUGAAUGCGACGACAGUGAGACAGGGCAACGAUUUUUAUGCGCAUUUCGUGGCAUAAUCGAUCAUAUUGCGAUUGCCCGGCCAUUUGUUGCCAAAAUAAUAACAUUCGUACACGAGUACGAUUUCGAUGAAAACACACCAGCCAAUGGUUAUCGGAGCUUUGUGAAAACAAUUCAGGCAUGCAUCAAUCACAGUGUGAAGGUCUCCAAAUAUAUAGCACAGAAUCGUAGCUAUUUAUUAUUCCGGAAAAAUAUGUAUAUGAAGGAAAUCGAAGCAUGCAGCCAUUUGUUAGCUAGUUUAUGCAGUUGCCUAGAACAAAUAAUGAUUAUCCGACAGGGUAGUGAAUAUGGAUCACUCUUCCCACCUGGUGACCAUAAAGCAAUUGGCCUAUUCAAUACGAGCGCAGCAGUGAAUCAGUAUUCUUUCUACGGACGAUGUAUUGGCUUUCAUUAUUGUGAAUCAAUGCAGUCGGUGGUGAAAUUCUUGGGCAUUUGUUUGGCUGGCUUUUCCGAAGUGUACUAUAACAAUAACGGCAAUCGAAUUAUGAAAGCGACUAGUUCGAUGUAUACUGGAGGCAAAUACUAUUGGAACCCUGAGCUGAGAGCCAGACGGAUUGUGAAUUUGAGUCAGAAUGCUGGUAUUGAUUUUUGUAAAUCGUUUUGGUCGCUCACUGAAGGUGAACUCAUGUAUGCACUGCCCAAUGUGUUUGGCGUAAAAAUUAAAGUGAAUCGAUUGAUAACGAUACCACCUGAACCGCUUGAACUAGAGAGUGUAGCAGUUGCGAAUACAAUGGUUAAAAUUCCUGUUCCGUCAAGCCACUUGGGAGUUGGACCAGUGACAGCGCGAUUGUUGUCGAGUGUUCGUCGCGAGGGCAUGAUUGGUGAACGUAAUAAGAAACACAUGCACGCACCAUCGAAAAGCCUCAUAUUCCAUUGCCACGGCGGUGGAUUUGUUGCGCAGAGUUCAAAAUCACAUGAAGUGUAUUUGCGAGAAUGGGCAGCAAGGUUGCACGUGCCAAUCUUAUCAAUCGAUUACAGUCUCGCUCCACAGGCGCCAUACCCACGUGCAUUAGAAGAAGUGUUCUAUGCAUAUUGUUGGGCAAUUAAAAAUGCCAAACUCCUAGGAACCACCGCUGAAAAGAUAGUCGUGGUGGGAGAUUCAGCUGGCGCCAAUUUAAACAUGGCACUCACGUUGAAAUGUAUUGAUCAGAAAGUACGACGUCCCGAUGGUGUAUUUCUUAUUUAUUGUCCGAUGCGGUUGGGCUUUGCUCCAAGCCCAGCACGAUUCUUGUGUUUAAUGGAUGUUCUGUUGCCGUUUGGAUUUUUGAUGGGAUGUUUAAAGGCAUACGUGCACCCGGGCAAGGAUCAAUUUAUGACACCAAACGAUAAAAAACGAAUCGAUUUACGCAAUGAAAAAGACGAUAAAAAAGAGGUGCCCAAUGAUUCGUCGGUGUCGACGACAUCAGCUGUGAUUGUAUUAAUGUCUGAAGCGGAAUCGGCCGAUAUACCGACAUUUGUUCAUAUCGGAUCGGAAAGCCAAGAUAAUGAACAAGCAAAUGAUAAACAAACCGAUGCAUCGAUAUCAAUCGAUGGCGGAUCGACGUGGGAGCACAUCGAACAUGAACAUGAUCCAAAUUAUGAAGCGAAUAACAAGAGUCCGGUGAGUGAUGGCACUAGCGACACAUUUGCCAGCGCAUCAUUGCAAAACAGUCAAACUGGUGGCAACACAGAAAUGAUGACACCGGACGAAAGCAAUGCAAUCUCAUUUGAAGAAGAUUCACAACCGAUUACACUGCACAAGCCAGUGAACGAUAAGAAUAGUGCGUAUGACAUAUGUAAUUUAGAUUUGAAUGCAGCGGACACGACAAACGAACGACGAAAUUCCACAUCGUCAUCAUUGGUUGAAAUGGAUUCCACCGAACCGCAAAAUAAUGGAUCAACCAAUUUUGUGGCCGAUUUUGUGGAAAAAUACGGCAAAGAAGAUCUGAAUAAAACAGCAGCGCCACGAACACGAUCCGAAGAGAAUGUGCUGUUUGAAGAGGGGCGCGAGGCAUUAAAUAUGCAAAAUAUUCCGACGAAAAUUUACAAAGCAGUCGAAACAGCGGCCAACUCAGUGGCGAGCACAUUCAAUGCAAUCACAUCGCCAACGGUCAUUCGAAACGGUAUACCAGGCAGUGUUAAUGGUUUAGGAUUCACCAGAAGCCGAUUGAAUUCAUUGACCGAACGCAAUCCAGCCGAUGAUUAUCUAUUCGACGUUCCAAAGGAUCCAUUCCUAUCACCAUAUUAUGCUAGCAAUGAAAUGCUCAGCCAAUUGCCAUCCAUGAAAAUUUUGACUGUCGACAUGGAUCCAUGCCUUGAUGAUUGCAUUAUGAUGGCCAAGAAACUGAAAGCACUUGGCAUCCCAACUGAGUUAGAUGUCUUGCCCGGACUACCACACGGCUUCUUAAGCUUUGUUAAACUUUCAAAAGAGGCGUACGAAGGUAAUCGUGUGUGUAUUUCGCGUUUGGCCGAGCUUUUAGAAACAACUGUCGAUUCAAAAUGCUGAACAAGUUGCAUAAUUUCAAAUAUCUUUGGCAAACAUCUUCGUUGGCCAUUGAAAACAGCAAAAAAAAAACAGAUAGCUCACUGAUAUUUAAAUAACAAAUGAACAAAUUUAAUUGGACUGGAAUCUUUUUGCAUUCUUUUAGAAAUUAUUUUUCUUACAAGCUCCUCAAUCAGCCUAUUUAUUAAGCAGAGGUUCGAUGAGGAUAAAUUUGUGUGUGUCAAACAACAUUUUUUUAUAAUAAUUUUCCUUUAUACGCAUUCGCUUAAAUAUCCGCUCAAUAAGUGGCCUAAAUGAAAAAUUUGUUCUUAUCAACAAUAUCAACACAGAUAUGCCUUUAUUUGCAUUGCAUACACGUGUUUUUUUUAUAGAUAUUAUAAAAAAGAAUGAAAAAGAAAGAAUUGGCUUUUGCCGAGUGAAAUUUGUCGAUACAUAAAGAGAUUUUGUCUACCAAAUUGAAUGCUACAAUUUUAUCACUUGUUGAAUUUUGCAUUUUUCUAGAAAAAACACUCAUUGUGUCUCGAAUUCAUUUUUUUGAAGAAGCAAAACAAAAAAAACGCCACUUAUUUAAAGCAUUUUAGAAUCUGAAUUCAAGAAUUCUUAAUGAAUGGUCUGCUUUUUUCUAAUUUACCAAUCGUUUCAAAUUAUUCAAAAAACGAACAAAUGCUGUAUUAUUUUUCAUUUAUUUUUAAUUAUUUUUAAAUUAAAUACUGCACUGCUCACGCAUUGAGUACCAAUUUUUAACAUACACCGAGGACCACCAACCGACAAUUCAAUAGCUUUGAAUUCUUCGCAACACAUUAUAAUUCUCUGGAUUAAUACAAUUGAUUGCAACAUAAUAUAUCAGCUCAUUUCCGAAAAUACGGCUGUAUAAAAUAUAUUGAACUUAGAGCCGAUUUUAAAUGGCUCAUAUCGUUCUACAGACAUUUGUCACACGAUAUCCUAACAAUUUAAUGGUGCAUAAAAUAAAACAGAAUAAUGCUUCUGUAUAUAUAAAUAUAUUUAAGGAAGGAAUAUUUCAGAUAUAUGAAAUAAGUAACUAAAAGGGUAAACGUUGUCCAUAUCUGUUAAUAUUUUUUUGUACAAUUUUCAAUUGGUUACAAGUGAUAUUUUUUUCCCUUUUAACUUUGCUUUGCUAUGAGCUUUGUCACCUGUUUUUUUGUUGGAACCACACUAAAUUUAACAAAGUAUUAAUUAAUCAGUUGUCCAUUGUUUUAAGAAUGAUGCUAUCUUAAUUUUGUGUUUUGUGUUGCAGAAAGUUUGGCAUCAGUCACAAAUGAAAUUGUCUGGUUAAACAUAUAUUUUUAAAUCAUUAUUGUCUACAUAUAUUCAUUCUGGGAUAUGUGAAAGGAAGAGGUUUUUUUUUUAAAUCGAAUCUAUUGAAAUAUUCUUCAAUUUCACACACACUUUCACAAUUUUAUACAUAGUCACACACACACACACUGUUACUGGCAUCAAUAGUAUUUUCACAAAAACACACAUUAUUUGUUUAACAUUCAAAACAACAUUGUAUUCAGUAUCAACUUAAAAUAAAGUUUAUUGGAAUAUGUACAAA